GUCCCUCCCGGCGGCGGGCAGGGCCGUACCGCACCGCGCCGUGCCUCCGCCGAGCUCUGACCGCGGCCCAGCGCGCCGGUAAGUGCGGCCGGAGCGCGGCGUGGCGGCCUUUGUGGCGGCGGGCGGGCCUCGGCGCGGCCCCGGGCUCCAACGGCGAGCGGAGCCGCUUCGACCCCCCCCACCCCCGCCCGCGCUCGGCGUUCUGCCCCGCCGGUCGCUCCACAGUGCUUCCCGCAGCGCGGCGCCCGGGGCCUGGCUGCAGCCCGGCGUGGCGGCGGGACCCAGAGCUGCUCGGCCUGGGGCUGCGGGGCGGGCAGUAGCGUCCCGGGUGCGCGGGGACGGCGUGCCCGUGGGAGGGGGGCUGAGGUGGGGCUGCACCGGGGUCCGCUGCUGAGCAGGGCUGGACCGGGCGGUGCUGCUGCUGGGCUCGGCGAGCCCCGCCGGGAGCUGCCGCGCUCCUAUCCUCGCCUUUCCGCUUCCACGGGCAGCUCAUGGAGAACACGGCACAACAGGCCCGGCUUUUCCAGGGCGCUGCGUGCCCCCGUCCUUCCAUCUUUCCAUCCUCCUGCAGAGCCGAGCCUGCUGAAGGGCUCCCAGAGGCGGUGGCACAUCGAGGAAUGGCUGUGGGAUUCCCUGCUGAGAGGGGUGGACGACCCCGUGGGUUUUCUGAGGUCCUCAGAAAGAGUUUGGAUGAGGGCUUUGCAGCGGGGUGCGCUGUGUUGUCAGAUGUGGACCUGCAUUCUUGGCUGUCUUUCUCCUCCCCAUCCAGUGUGUCCCUGUGGAUGCAGUGCCGGUGCCCUGUCUUGGGAAAAACAGAUCAGCCACGAUGCUUCGGUUCCUAUGCCUGAAAGGAGACUCUGCCACCAUUGUUUCCAGCUAGAAACACGCGAAUCGAGCAGCUGCCAUGGAAACAGGCUGCACGGAGGAGGCUGCCAGGACCCAGUCGCAGUCUGCAGCAUGCAGGCAGUGCAAGGGCGGUGAGCAGCAGCCAGAGGAGAACGUUGAGCGGCUGUCCCAGCGGAGUGAUGCCUCAGCCACGGCUGCAGAGCAGCAGCAGCCCCAGGCACCCUCUGGCAAGCUGAAGAAAACUGCUUUCAAGCUAUUUGGAGGGAAGAGGAGUAUAUGUACACUGCCAAGUUUCUUCAGCAGCAGAAACAAAGGCCAGGGGAAAGGAGCUUCUAAAAAGGGGCUCAGUAAAAGUAAGACCCACGAUGGGAUCAGCGGCACUGCAUAUGAUGAGGGUAGUGGAGUGCAGUUGGAAAGCCCUUCAGAUGGGAGCAGGGAUUCUCAUCCUUGCCUGCUGCCAAGUUCCCAAAGUGUUCACGUGGCCAUAGACACCAGCGUCAAGUUUGAUUUUGGCAGGCAGGAUGGCUCUCCUCCAGGGAGUAUUGAGGGCUAUGAGAAGAAGCCCAAUGGAGACAAGUCAUCCUUCCCCAGACCGAAAAAAGGCCUUAAGGGGCUUCUGAACAGCAUCCGGCGUCACCGUAAGAGCAAGGUUGCUGAGUGUGAGAAAACAGAGCUCUCUGAGUGGCCUGGGGAUUCAGAGGAGACCAGCAAAGCUCAGGGCACAAAAGCGGAAACCCCUGGAGCUGUGGAGGAAGGAGGACCUGGAUCUGUCCCUCUUGCUGCAGCCUGCCCAGGGAGCUCAGAGGAUAACUGCUUGGUGCGCACAGUAGCUGACUUUGGGGAGGCUGCUGAGCCAGACUGGCUCCAGGCUGAUAAGGGCAGCUGUGAAGGCGAUGUGGUAGCAGUGCCUGGGGGCAAGGAUGAUCUGGAUGCAAAAUCAGAGGUCGAUGCUGUUGUCUACACAGAGUCCAACUACAGCCACCUCCCUGUGGCCCUUCAUCCAGACUUAGCAGACAAUGACCCUCCCUCAUUACAUUCUGGGGACCAGCUGAGUCUCCUCUUUGGAGACGUCACAUCCCUGAAGAGCUUUGAUUCCCUCACAGGGUGCGGAGACAUCAUUGCCGAGCCUGACAUCCUCAGCAUUGCUGAGAGCACGAUCUCUGUGGAGCGCAGCCGAGACACUGCUAAACGGAGCCCAUGCCUCGUCACCUACCAGGGAGGUGGGGAGGAAAUGGCCAUGUCUGAGGAGGAGUACCUCCAGCAGAUAUGGGACAGCACCGCUGAAGAGGGCAGGAGCUACGAAGCCCCGCUGCCUCCAGUUGUGAGCAGUCCCGAACUGCAGGCAGUGAGUAGCAAGUUGGAGACAUGUGGUUUGCAUGAGGGGGAGGUCCACCCCUAUGCUAGUGGGGCAGUGGAUGGGGUCGAAAUCCUGACACCACAGAGUGACCAGCAAGAGUCCGCACCUAAUAGUGAUGAGGGAUAUUAUGACUCCACCACACCAGGACCAGAGGAUGAGACUGGGGAUGGACUUUGUGAGAUCAAGAAGGACCGUCUUCCCAGAGACAGCUACAGUGGCGAUGCACUUUAUGAGUUUUACGAGCCCGAUGAUACACUCAUGAGCCCCUCUCAUGGGGAGCAAUCCCUGUUUGAGAGCAAAGUCUCUCAUCCAGAGAUCUUCAGCUACUUCUUGGACUUCUGCCUCCCUCCUGAGAAGAGCUUGAUCCAGAUGAUGGAUCAGAAGAGGGGGGUUAUGGAAACGGAAGAAGAGCGGCUAGCUGCCAUUCAGAAAGAGCUGCUGUUUUGGGAGCUGCAGAGGGAACCAGGCUUGAAACGACUUGAUGUUCCCAGCAAAGAGAAGUGUCCCAGGGAAAAGCAGCACGUUGAAUGUAAUACUAGAGCAGCCAACUUGAUUGGCAAAAGUCAGAGUUGCCUUGGUAGUGAGCAGAUUGCCUCUCAAGCUCUAAACAGGAGUGUGAAUGGUGGGAUUUUGGUGGCUAGAGCUGAAAAUCCAGAGUGGAGUGAUUUUCCAGGGCCUUUAUGUCCAGAGAACUGUUACAACAGCCAAAAAGCCCAAGGAAGUUGCCUUAUUCAGCUCAUGAAGAACAACCCAGGGUUCGAUUCUGACCCAGACUGUGCAUUGUUUGGGGGGUCCCUCCAUGGCAGUGCAGCCUUGGCCAAACCGGGGAUGUUCCCCAGCCGCAGACCCCUGGAGCAUGAGGGCUGCUUGCAGAGCGAGCACCACAGUGGGGUGGAGGCUGCCGGCAGAGAGCCUCAGGCUGACAGUGAGUGUGAACCUGAGCACGCCAUGAGCUUCUCACAAGCUCUGGUGGAGUUCACCAGCAGUGGGACCCUCUUCUCCAGCCUGUCGGAAAGCCUGGGCAGCUCCGACUCUGGCUCUUCCUUCACUCAGAACCUCCCCGUCCUUCCCACCAUGGUCACGUUUGACAUUGUCGAUGUGGAGCAGGAAGGGGAAGGGGAGUGCGAACAGCACCUCGAGAUGAAUGCGGAUGAGGACAUGGCUGCCUCCUUCGAGGCCUUCGAUGAGAGCUACGUGCAGAAGGAGUCAUUUGCUGAAUGUGACGAGAGAAUGUUCCUGGGGUACCCCCAGGGCUCCUUCCAGAGCUGUAACUGGGGGGUUGCCAGCCUGCCCCGGCACCUGCAUCUGCACGGGCUCAGCCCUGCCAUGCCAGCACCGCUCUCCCUUAACAGGAGGAGCAGGUCACUUGACACGGAGAGCCUGGAGUUUGAACUUGCGGACUUGCAGGUUUCCAAGAACGGCCUUAAGCCUUGCCAGCUGUGGUCAAAAUGGGACAAAAAGUACUCAGAUGGAGCGAGAAGGAGCAGGAGCAAAGAGGAGGCAGAACUGUCAGCUCCUGAAGGUGGGGAGACCAAUGGUGUGCUGAGCUGGCCGGGCUUGCAGCACCUUCAGUACGAUGCCGAGCUGGCUCCUGGGGGGAUCAAACACUGGGGUUUUGCUCCAGCUGCUGGGAUGCCGAGCAGCUGGGAGCCAUCUGAGCGGUCAGAUGCAGACCCCCCAUUUUUUCCCCUGUCAAGGAGCUGUGCCAGAGAAACUCUGGAGAGGCAGCCUCAAGAUCCGGAGCCAAACAGGCUCCUGGUCAGGCCAUCCAACUUACCUCUGCAGCCUGACACGAGGCAGCCCCAGGAGGCGUCUGGGUCAUACAGGUAUCACGGAGAAGCCCCGGCCAAAAAGCUCGCACGUGUGCUCCCACUGGGGGAACCAGAGCCACCGCAGAGCAUCAGCUUUGCCCAGUCCCCAGAGAAACCAGCCAAGUGCAAACCUGUCGGCGUCACGCAAGGAAUGCCGCAGUGCCACGACAGCGAUGACACCGAAACCUUAAAAAGCUCAGCCUGCUUUGCAGAGCGCUACGGGAGUGCCAGCAAAGAGCUGCUGAAAGCAAGAGCUGCGCCGGGGAAUGUGCUGCCCAGCGGCUGCCUGAACACUGCAGUGAAUUGCGAUCCACCACUCUCGAACACAAUUCACGAUGCAAAAUGUGGUAGCAGCCCCAGUGCAUAAUCCCAUUGCUGCUAGAAUAAAAUCUGGAAAUGGACCCAUUUCUAGUAUGGCAGGUUUGUUCUCUGCAGAUGAAGGGCACCAUCACCCAUAAAAAAAAAAAAAAAAAAAAAAGGAGCUGAGCAAUUGGCAGUUGUGAAGGAGUGAGGAGCAUUGCUGCGCUGUGACCUCGCUCGCUGUGCCAGUUGGUUGUGAGCGGUCGCUUCUCCCACAUUGGGGUUUCUCACCACAGGGCCGGGCUGCAGUGGGUUCUGUGGGGAACGUUCCUGGAGUCUCCACUGCAGGGCUGCAGCCAGGGGAGCACGUCCUGAGGAAGCUUUCAAAAGGAUUUGGGUUUCUUCCUCUCUGUGAAAUGCUUGUUUGGUUGGUUUUUUUUUGGACAAACUUUUAACGUCUUCCAUCUUGAUCUGGGGAGCUGCACAGGAAGGACAUGGGUUAUUUUGAGAGCAAGGACAGGAGGCAAUUCAGCUGCAAGGGGAACUUCACUGUAACGUUUUUUUCCUGCCCAAAAGGAAAGUAGGAGUUUUUGUGUGCAUGCUGAUAACGUUUUCCAGUUCAAGCUUUAAUUUGCUCAAGAAUACAGCGUGCAGAGAGAUGUUCUAUUGAUGGAUUCCCUUUCAAGAACAAAGUAUCAGUCCCUUUUCUCUGUCAUGGUCUGUCUUCGUGGUGUGUAAUUUUCAGCUGAAGCCUUUCCAAUGCUUUGUGCCUCAUCCCCAGCCUCUCCCAGGCCAAGGGCACGCGUACGACUCCUGUGAAAUAAGCUAAAUUAGCAUUGGGCCUGUAGCUGUAAAGUUGCUGUGUUGUUUUUUGUUUUACAUUUUGUGUUUAUUUUCUUUACAUAAACUCAUAUGAGGAAAGUAUUCUAUUACUUGGAAUACAGGAUGUAGCACAGCCUAAAUUAGGCUUCACAACUUCUUCCUACUAACUGGAGGGAACAAAAAUGCUGAAGAUUGCUGCAGGCUUUUGAUUCUCUUGUUUUUAAUUCCUCUUUUGAACAAAUGUGGAGAAGGAACACAAGCGUAGGAGACCGACGUUCUGAGAAGGUUAUCGGAGCUCUUGGAAACACCUGUUUGAGGAUAGCAGAGCAGAGCUGACAUCUUUCCUGAAGAAGUUCUCGGUGUCCUUGUUGAUCUGAAGCACGUUAGUCUCUAAACCAAACCUUCCCUCGAGCUGAUCAGCUUCCGAGCAGAGGCUUGUGCCAGGGGACCUUUCGCAAUGUCAUAGCCUCUCGCCAUCGGGCAGAAGGAGAGGACCUAAGAGACAGGGAGGAAUGGAAACAGGUCCCUGCACAGGGUGGCUGGCAAACCCGCCCCCCAGCCUACCUUGCCUUCCCAGGUGCUGUUGCACAAUAGGUACAUAGCUCUGGAACUUGAGAGGCAGAUGAGGAUGUUGGUGAGCACCUAUCCAGGAGGUUCUGUAGAGUGAGUCAGUCACCCAGAAACCCCAAAACUGCCUUUGCCAGGAACAGAAUAAGGGUGAUUGUCAUAGGGGACUCUGUUCUGAGGGAAACUGAGGACCCAAUAUGCUGACCAGACCCUCUCCCACAAGGAAGUCUGCUGCCAGCCUGGGGCCUGGGUCAUGGACAUCACCAGGAAGCUCCCUGGUCUGGUACAGCCCUCCGGUUAUUACCUGCUUCUGGUAGUGCAGGCUGGCAGUGUUGAAGUUGAGGGGAGAAGCCCAAUAGCACAGCUCAAGUGCACCCACAUCACUCGUGAUGAACCGUGGGGUGGCACGCCACAGUCGGAGGGGUUGCAUGCUACUGUCAUCCUUCAUUCUGCUCCAUGAGGUGCUGGGUAUGAUGAAGCGCAUCUGAAAUGCAUCUACACCAACACACAUCGUGUAAGGAACAAGCAAGGAGAGUUAGAAGCCUUGGCUCAGUCCCAGAGCUACUACAUCAUUGGUGUAAGCAAAACCCAGAGGGAAGAGUCCUGUGGCUGGUGUGCUGUGAUGGGCGGUUACAGGCUCUUCAGAAGAGAGGCAGAGCACCAAGAAGGCGGUUGGCAUGGUUGAGAGCUACAGGAGUUCAGCAAGUGUCUGGGCAGUGCUCUCAGACACAGGUCUGAUUUUUGGGUGGUCCUCUGUGGAGCCAGGAGUCUGACUUGAUGAUCUGUAGGGACCCCUUCCAACUUGGGAUAUUCUGAGUCCCUUUCUGUGGCUUACAAAACUUCUUCCUACUUCUGUCCAACUGAUUGUAAUUCAGUUACUGAGGAAUUAGGUGUUCUUUUUCCCGAGUUGCCUGUUUGCUGCUUCUCUUUGCAGCAGAGGUUGUAACAUUAAAUAAAUUACUGGAAGUGGUGCAGUGAUGCCCUUCUCUACUCAGCGCUGGUUUGGAGCUGAGUCCUGCCCCAGGGCAGCUCACUGCCUGCUGCCCACACCUGCAGCCCAGGUACACAUGUGGCUGCAGUUGGAAACGUGGGCAGCUCCCUGGUAUUGCUCUAGUUGUAGGGUACCAAGGCAUGAAGAGCUUUUCUGUUUUGUUUUCCUGAGCAAAACGGGUCCUACUAUUUCUUCUUGAGAUGAGGCUUCUUACCAUCCCAUCCUUGUAUGUCCAUGGAGGAACAGGGAAAGGCAAAGCCAGAAUUCCUUAUUGGCAGCUCCACUUUACAUGUAUGUUGUUGUUUGUUUACUUGUUUUCUGAACGGAUUUCUGAGGCUUGAGCAGACCCAUCUGUGUGUCCUUGGGAUUAAACCUUCAUUUUUCAGUGUUUAUGCCACGAGUAUCCCCUUACAAAUGCUCCUAACUCCCUCUUGCUCAGAGUGAGCUCAGCUUUGGAUCCCAGCAUCCCAGCCGAGCUCUUCUGCAACUCAGUGCCGAUCCCUAAGAAAGGAUCCCGUAGUUACCAUUAGCAACACCAGAGAUGUCACAGCACAAACAGGUGCUCACUGGAAUCACUUGGCCUCCGCAGUGGCCUCUUAAAGGAAUUUUUAACAGUUAUCUCAUUUUAGCGUGUCACCAAAGGCAUCUUGUGGCUCAAAGGGGUUUUGCGCAGUGCUUUGUUUGUAUACGAUGCAGCCUUUGCCAAAGUUCUGGUGAAGGAUGAAAGUGUCUCAGUGCUAAAAUGAAUGUUCAGUUGCAAAUGCAUGUCUGUAGUAAUAAUUAUUUUGGUUGUAGGUACGUAGUGGGAAGACUUAUUGGACAACAGUUCCUAGACUCUGACGUGUGAAAGCAAUACAGCCAAGACUUGAUAAUCUGACUUUAUACCAAAGGUUUCUCCUGUUAAUUUGAGUUGAACUAAAGGAAUCAAGUAUCUGUUGAUUUUAAAAUGAGGUACCUAAAAGCAUUUUAAAAAUAAUUUAUUGGAUUAUUGGAGUAUUCUGCCCCACUAACCCAAAGAAAUAAGAAUUUUCAAUAUACUAACCCAGUCUUUAAAUUGUCACUGCCAUAGGUUGGAUUUCAGUACCUAAUGUAUUCCUGCUUCUAUAAUACCUGUCUGCUAUGGAAUAGGUAGGACCUGAUCUUCCCACAAUGCUUUUUCUAGUAGGGAGUUACAAAGGGACUACAGUUCUAGUGCCAAAUACAAGCUCCUGGGUCUUGGUCUUGUCCCGGUAUGGCUUUGGGAGAGAUUUCUCACAGCUGCAUCGUCCAAAUUAACACAUCACUAGAGGGGGAAAAUACUCAUUCUUGUGUGGUGUUAACCUAUUUUCAGAAGCAGUGCAUCUUGGAAUGAAAGGAUAAGCUUUAAGGGGGGUCCUUCAUCCUUUCUUUGACCUACCAGGCUGUUUAUUGAUGACUGGGAAUGCUUAGUGGCCAGCCUUUGUAGAAGCCAAACAGGAGAGGAUUUGGUGUCACAGGGAGUGCUUAGAGGAAGUUUUUGUCCCACUGAGUGGGAUCCCAGGGCUGCUCUGCGGUACGGGGCAGGGGCCUGGGAGGACACCCUCAUGGGUUCUGAGCUCUUGGAGCUCUUUGACCAAUGCUGACCUCAUAAUGAGCAUGAUUUUCCUAAAAAUGUGAUGGAGGAAUUUCCCACCUGAGUCCUGAGACCACGUUGGAGCCGGAAGCAGUCAGACCGCUCGCUGAGGGCUGCAGCUUCUCGUUUCUGGCUCAAGCCGUUGUCUUCUAACCUGGUAAAAUAGGGACUUUCCCAAGGAACCUGAGCUUGAGAGCAGUAAUUCCUGUGCAAAAGAGGUCUACGGAGACAGAAAUGAGGCGUACAGCUCGGGGUGAGCAGCUUUGUCUGGCUGAGGUAUGGAGGAACCCCCCCAAACCUCACAGAGCUCAGUGCAUCCAGGGAAAGCCUUGGAGAGGUGGGUCGUGGCUGUUUGCUGCCCAUCAACCCCUGACCAGGUCAGCCUACCAAGUAGCUCUGUAUUGCGUUUUGGGGACUUUGUUUGUUUGUUUUUUAUAUACACAUAAGAAAACGGUCAAUUUUAUCUAUUUUUGUAUAGUUUUGCAUUUUAUAUCCAUGGGGAAACUGUACGGACUGUUCUUUUCCUUACGUACGUUAUGUGUUUCGAAACGGUGCGGUUUACAGUUCUGAUGGAGAAACAGCAAUUUACUGCUGUCACUGCUGCUGCCACUGCCUGUGCAAUGCAAGAGACCCACGAUGCUCCCCACACCCCCACGCAGAGCGCUGUUUGGCGUCAUCUGAAGGAGCAGCUCUGGAUAUGAGAAGCCAAUCCACUGCCACUGCGCGCUCUGUGUGGACACCGCCAGGACGUCUCUUCUGAUCCUGGUUUGUCACUCUUGUCAGCUGUUUCUUAGCUUUGUUUUGAAUCUGAAUUUGUGCACCGUGGUGAUUUUUCCCUGCAAGUAUUGUUGGUUGUCUUUAAACAAACACCCAAACCGUGUGGAUUUCAGUUGGGGCUUUCCCUUCUGUGUGCUUCAAUUACGUUGUCCCAAACCGGGCUCUCCUCAGUCCCCUUCAGCCGUUGCAGGGCAGGAGGUGCUGUUGGCUGCUGUGGGGUGAUGUGGAAACAUCUGGAACAACACUGCCUUGAAUUUCGGGGUCACAACCAAAAGGAGAGCUCUGGGUGUGCUCAGACCCAACGCUAGUUAAUGUGGAUCUUUUUGUUUUUAAUGGAAUGAAUAUGCUGCUUUGUUUGCCUGACUCGGUGCCCCUGCAGAGUUUGCAGCCCUGUGUGGGGUGUAAGGGCUGACAUAACUCUGCAGAAGGUCGUGACGAUUAGCUGAGCAGAGAACAAUGCCCAUCUCUCACGUGCAAAAAGAAAAUGAAAUGCUGAAAAGCUGAAAGCAGAUUCGUCCCUUCUUCCCCCCCCCGAACCAACACCAGCAGAGGUGGCAGCUCCAGGCUGAGACGUUUGGCUCUGCACGGGUUUUUGUGUCUUUUAAUUCAGCAGCUCUUAACAAACAGGGACGCUGUCGGGGUUCUCCUGGCAGCUGAUCCCGGGGCCCGCAGUGCAGGCAGCACGUGGGAACUGAGGGGAGCCCCAGGGUUCUAAGGAAGCAGCGCUGCCCCAGCUCUGCCCCUCUGUCCCCAUUGCGGCUGUGCAGGGAGCCCCGUCUGGCCCGGCUGUGUGCUGCCCUGUGCCCUGCCAUGUGCCAGGUUCGGGGCUGUUCUGUUUUGUUCUGGUCUCAUUGCUACUCAUCCUCUCGACUUUUUAAUGUACUGACUGUGUUUAAAACUGAAUGUUCCUUUCACUGAAUUCUAAUGAAUAAACUUCAGAUUUUUAGAGAA